AAGCUGUCGUAGUUGCCCCUGUGCAACUAUUCGCUCAGUCUGGGCACGUGCUUGAAACCCGCGCUGUUGCACUCGCAGAUGUCCAGCGGGCGAGAGGCCGUUACCAACUUACCCGGGCGCAAAAGAGAGGCUGCGGCGGCGGCUGCAACGGAAAAGUGCCACUGCCGCUCGGCGGGUUGUCUCGUGCGCGGCAGCUGUGCCUAAUAACCGGCCACAACGCAGCCUGGCGCAACGGGAGGGCAGCCGGGCACCAUGUACUCUAUCGUGGAAUAUAAAGGCAAGAGGACGGGCUACCGAUGCGGCUACUGUAACUCUCACCAGGGGAAAGGAUCCAAUGGCAUGUGGGCACAUUCAAUGACUGUUCAAGAUUAUCAAGAUCUUAUAGACAGAGGAUGGCGAAGGAGUGGAAAAUAUGUUUACAAACCCAUUAUGAAUCAGACAUGUUGUCCUCAAUAUACAAUAAGAUGCCGGAGUUUGCAUUUCCAGCCUUCUAAAUCACAUAAGAAAGUUUUAAAGAAGAUGCUGAGAUACCUAACAAAAGGGGAGACUUCUAAAUUAAAUAGUGAAGGGGAACCCAUGGAUUCCCACACAGAAGAUACUGGAUGUAACUUUUUGUUAAAAAGUGAACCAGACACCAGCCAGUCUGAACUAGAACCCCUCAAUAUUUACACAGAAAAGGUGGAGAGUGAAAAGGAGGAAAUAAAAGGAGAAAUAAUUGUAACAACAGACUCUGGACAUACUGAAUCCUGUAAUGAAAAAGUUAAUGCCAGUCUGAGCAAGCCAUUGAAUCCAGCUAAAGUUGGUCAUGCACCUCCCAAACCAGGCAAAGGGGCAGACUUGAGCAAACCGCCCUGUCGUAAGGCCAAGGACAUCCGGAAGGAGCAGAAGUUGCAGAAACACCUUCAAAACCAGAUGGGGAACCAUGCACUUCAAGAAAAAGCUCAGAUUACUCAAAAGUCUGAACCUAAAACAAAUCAGCCAAAAUCAAUUGAAGACUUCAUUUUUGUCACCUUGCCUCCUGAAGCUGCGCACCAGUUAGAGGUGAGGCUGGUGAGAUCAUCUCCACCAAGUUCCCAGUUCAAAGCCACAUUUCAGGAGUCUUACCAGGUCUAUAAACGUUAUCAAAUGGUUAUUCACAAGGACCCACCUGAUAAACCAACCGCCAGUCAGGUUAGGCUAGUACGAGUCUCUUUUGAGGACCCACAAUUCAGAUCAUCUUUCACCCAAUCAGCCACUUUAUUUGCCAAGUAUCAGAUGGCCAUACACAAGGAUACUCCUUCUGAGUGUAACGAGAACCAGUUCACAAGGUUCCUCUGUGAUUCUCCUCUUGAGGCAGAAAAUUCCCCGAAUGGUCCUGAUUGUGGCUAUGGUUCUUUUCACCAGCAGUAUUGGGUUGAUGGAAAGAUAGUCGCUGUUGGUGUCAUUGACAUUCUUCCAAAGUGUGUCUCUUCUGUGUAUCUCUACUAUGAUCCUGAUUAUUCUUCUCUGUCUUUAGGAGUCUAUUCUGCAUUAAGGGAAAUUGCUUUUACUAGGCAGAUUCAUGAAAAAGCGUCUGACCUAAGCUAUUACUACAUGGGAUUCUAUAUUCAUUCUUGCCCAAAAAUGAGAUAUAAGGGCCAAUAUAGACCUUCUGACUUGUUGUGCCCAGAGACGUAUGUCUGGGUACCCAUUGAGCAAUGUCUGCCUUCUCUUGAGCAUUCAAAGUACUGUCGCUUCAAUCUGGAUGCCAAAGCUGUUGAUGAAGGAAAUGUUAAAGAACUGGGUCGAGUUCGGAUUCUUCACAAGAGAACAGUCAUGCCUUACAGCGUGUAUAAGAGAAGGCGAAAGGGGCCCAGUGAUGAAGAAAGUGUUCAGCAAUAUGCCACUUUGGUGGGACAGGAGUGUUCAGAGCGAAUGUUGCUUUUUAAAAGCUGAAGGAUUUAUUCUAUGGAGAUCUUCUGUCCUACUGCUAGAUUGUACCCCUUAUGAUUUAUGUUGAUAAGCCUGUUUGUUCAAAAUAGAGACACAUAAAUUGUCUCUUUCUGGUAACACGCAUAUAUAUGUGAUACCUUGAAACAAGGGUACAAUUUUUCACACAUGCCAACAGUCUUUCAGAAUAUCAAGAUCUCUGCUAAAGCUGUUUUAUUUCACAAAUCUGUCUCCUUUUAUGAAUUUGGAGAAUCAAACAGUGUGAAGAUUAGUUUUCUCUGCCUUUCUUUGUCUAUCUCUGUAAGAGAAAAUUAUUAUAGGAAACUGGCUACUGAGAAGUGUGAAAGUUAUGAUAAAAUAUACUACAAACUUUGUUUCCAUUUGCUGUUGUUGGGGGAUUAAGUGCAUUUGCAUGCUAACGUUAUGCAGAACCCGUUCAGAUCAGUGGACAUCAGGGCACAUUCUUUGGGGUUAUAGACUUCCCUGAUAUGACAUAGGAUUGAUUCUCUGACACUGUGAUAAAAAACCAAGUAAUAAAACUGCAGGCUUUUUAGGCAUUCAUUGCAAAUUGUAAUGUUUGUUUUAAAUAUUGUCUAUAAUAUCAUUUGGCUAGACAAGAAACUUGGAGGUGGGACUUGAUUUUUGUACAUACUCUGGUAAAUCCUUAUUAUUUCAAUACUAAAUUCAAAGAUAGGGUUGUGAUCAAAUUACCAAAGUGAAUAAUUUAAAUAAGGAAACAGGUUUACAAGAAAGUAUACAGUUUUGUAGAUCAAGUGGCAGCAUCUUGACUUACAUCCCAGAUUUUUAGUAUUCAUAAUGGGUAUUUGCAUUCUUUACAAUUCCACGUCUAGCAACACAAAGUUCAACAUGAAGGAAUAAUACUUCUAUUUUAAAAAUAAGCAAUUGAAAAGGUAGAACUGAAUUGUGGUUGCAUUAUCAGCACUGCUAAUGGCAUGUGACUUUUCUUUCAUUAAAAUUGUCAGACUCAAAUGUAAAUUUGAAUCUUCAAUCCUUUGUAAUGAACUCUGUAUGGUGUAUUUAUCAAUUUGUCUAAUUUUCCUAUACAGUUGAAGAAUCCAGCAAUGUAUUGUCGAAGGCUUUCCAGCAAUGGAUUUGGAAUAGGGUGUUGUGUGGUUUCCCGACUGUAUGGUCGUGUUCUAGAAGCUUUUCUCCUGAUGUUUCGCCUGCAUCUGUGUCUGGCAUCUUCAGAGGAUUUGGAAUCUUUUCAGCUUUUUGCAUGUUGCAAUAGUUGCAUGGAAUUCAUUUGGAAAGCCCAGCCAUUGUUCUAAGGCUAUCUUACUUGGUAGCACAAUGUGUACUCAUUGCAGUACACACUGACAGAACUAAAUAUUGGGGACCUCAAAAAUCAAGGAAAGAUCCCUAUAGUCAUUUUGUAAACCACAGUUUUAUGAUUAGAAUAAAAUUAGCUUUAACUUUCCCAUAAUUUUAAAGUGUGAAACAGAUCAAAAGCCUAGAGUAUUCCCCCCUUCCUUUUUUUCUUUUUUUGGUCUAUCUUGGGCAAAUAAAUCAACACUUUGUAUGAGAACUGUCAACUGCACAAAAUAAUACUGCUGAAAAUACCAUGCAGUUCUGAGAACUUUGUUGAUGCAUUUUCUGUUAUUCCUGUUCUUGAUCUUGCAGGAUAAAAGUCUUCUGGAUAUCAUGCCACCUCAGAUUUAAGUUUGAUUCUUGUCAAAGUAAAAUAGCACCAGUCCUAUUACAUGGGGACUAAAUACAAAUCACUGGGAAUUUCUUACUAUCCCCACUGGAAUAAAGAGGCCCUUCUUGAAUGCAUUCUUAAGAAUAAGGACACAAUAAUAUUUGUCUCAAGUUAAACAAAGUGCUUUUCAUAAUAAUUUAGUUGAACUCAAGAGUAGUAUCCCAUACUAUCCCAUGCUACAAAUGCUUUGUAAAACAUCAGUAUGUACAAUAUACCAACAUUAAAUAGAGCCCUUUUUAAACAGUACUAUGAUUUAGUUAUGGCUUGGCUAUUAACUAUUUCCUCCCUUUCCAUAGCAUGUUUCCAGUUGUUGAUUGUGUUCUGUUCAUCAUCUUGCAAGGAAGCGCUGCCUCCGCACUUCAGAAAAGCACUUGGGAAGCAGAAGAAAAAUUAGGAUUCGAGCCACCAUUUGUUGUGUGGCAAAGUUCAGAAUUAACUUAGCUCUUUGCUUUAGGCUUUAUGUUCCUGCAUGGAUUUAAUAUUCAGGAUCUUUGAGAGAAAUACUGGGCUGAGCUCUGGUUCUUAUAUUCUCUUUAUUCUUUUCAAAAGCUAUCUACUAUAAUAAUUAACUGUUUGACUAAUGUGGACUUGGAGGAUUUUUAAAUGAAUUUUAAAUAUUUUCUUCGUAGCAAAUGAAAACCAAUCCCUCUUUUAUAAGGCUUCUUAAUGUUACAUCUCAAUAGAAGGACCCUCCUAAAGGUGUUCAAUGUAGUGAUAGAACAGAAGGGGGGGGGGGGUUCUCCCACAUUUCUUGGCCAAAGAUGCCUGUUCAAGCUUAUAUUGGAAAAUGCAGAUCAUUCCAGGGGAGAAAUGUAAACUUGCCAUCUUCCAAUUACACCCAAUACCCUGGAAAAAGAAAAUGCUGGUUCCUCUUUUGCCACUGUUUUGAAAUUUCUGAUAUGCCCUGGAUCUAUAAUCCAGACAAAUAAGUCAGGUGACUUUCAAAUUGCUACAAGAGAAGACAGAAACUCAUGCUAACUAGCCUGUACUCUGAAGCACCUCCCUGUCCCAAAAAACAGUGGUCAAAGCUCAUAGCAAAUUAAAACCAACCUACCAGGGUCCAGAACACAUGAUUCUGAGAUUGCACUAGGCCAUUUGGUUAAUGUGAGUGUCUUCUGUGUGACUAGGAUAGAAAAUAUGGGUGCAAAACAAAUAGGCUAUUCUUGGAUGGAGUUCUAGGCACAGAGAAUGGAGAGUUUUGUGAGGCUUUUUAUAUAUAUACAAACUUUACUGUUACUAGGUUUCUCUUGUGUUGACAAUAUAUACUGGUUUGUUUGUUCUGAUCAAUGCAAACAAUACUUGCUAUGAUUUUUUAAAAGUAGGAAUAGAAAUGGAAGACAUUCAUUUAGACUAUUUGAUAGCUUCUUUAAGUUGAAGGAUAAUGCCUUUAUUUGUGUAGAGGUUUACUAUAUAUAAUUAACUUCCAGAUA